GUCCUCCAAGGACACGCACCACCAUGUAAUUGUAUUCCAUGUUGACUUGAAACUUCUCAGCAGUUCAUGCACUCUUUCCACAGAUCAUUCAACAUUUCUCUGUUCAUCAGUCUUAAACCGGCAGCAUGAGGCAGCAAACAGUGGUUAUGUAUGUAGAGAUUGGUUGUUUUGUGACAUGCUUAUGUGGAUGGAUUUUGAUCUGUUCCACUCUGGCAACUGAGUACUGGACCUUCUCAGAGGUUGGUUCAGUUGUUCUCACCACCGGUAACUACUAUUCCAAUCUCUGGAUGGACUGUGUGUCAGACACUACAGGAGUAUCAGACUGUAAAUAUUACCCCUCCAUGAUGGACCUGCCUGUUUUCCUCCAUGUGAGCAGGGCUUUGGCUGUCAUCUCUGUGAUCUUUGGCUUCUGGGGGUCUGUGCUUGCUCUCAUUGGGAUGAAGUGUACCAAAAUCGGAGGCUCUGAGCUCACGAACACCAGAGUAACAUUCGCAGCAGCUUUGACGUACAUGGCAUCUGGGUUCUGUGGUAUUAUAGUGUACUCCAUGUGGGGAGAUAAAGUACGGACAGACUUUUUGGAUCCAUAUUACUUAGAACAGAAGUUUGAGCUGGGUGCAGCCGUGUUCAUCGGUUGGGGAGGUUCGUGUCUGAUCAUAUGUGGGAGUGCACUCAUGUGCUAUUUCUCUGGGAGAAAGUCAUUUCCCCAAAGGUUUACUAAGAAACCCAGAAGACCACCAACCUACAUGACAGCAAAUACCAGACGGACAUACAUGCUGCCAGGCUCGCCCAGACACACAACAAUCAUCAUGCCACCUUUAUACCAACAAAACAGAGAGAAUAGACAAAGAAGUGAGAGCAGAGGGACCAAAGGAACACAAGAAAUUCAAUCUCUAAAAACUGUCAGACUCACUCGGCCCCCCAUUGACUCGGCUGUGUAAAAGUUUUAUU